UUCAAAACAAAGCCCAAGUCCCAACAAUAAGCCCAAAUUCGAGGCCCAAUUCGCAAACUUCAACGGCUUCUUUCCCCCAAAAAAAUUGAUCCAUCGGCUGAGAUAUCAAACUCCAGAAAUGAACGGCUGAGAUCACAGCACUAUGUCAACAUUGUCACGUGUGGCCCUACAAAUUUGAAUUCAAAAAAUUACCGCACCCAUUUUAAUAACGUUACGAUUUGGUCAGCCAUUAGAUUCGAAAUCCCAAACUAAAGGCUUAUCAAAGAAACAAUUACCGGAAAUUGAGCACAGUCUUCUCUUUCUCUUCUUCCACUCUACUCUGAGUGGCCACCACCAAUAAGUAGAAUCUCAAAAUCCCAAUAUCUUAAUUAGGGUUUUAACAAUCAUCAAUCAAUCAAGAAAUAACUAAUUGGGUUUUUAAUGGAGGAUUCUACAAGAACUGGGUCUCAUGAUAUUACUAUGGCUUCAAGAAAAGCUGAAGAAACAGCUUGGAGGCGAUUCCAAGCUGUGCAAUGGCUUGAAAGCGUUGUGGGUCCACUUGGAUUGCUGAACCAACCUUCAGAGAGAGAAUUCAUUUCUUGUCUAAGAAAUGGUAUCAUUUUAUGUAAUGCCAUUAACAAAAUUCAUCCAGGAGCAGUGCCCAAGGUUGUAGAGAGUCAAUCGACGUUACAAUUACUCAACCGGGAAACACAACCGUUGCCUGCUUAUCAGUAUUUUGAGAAUGUUCGUAACUUCUUGGUUGCUGUCGAAGAGUUAAAGCUGCCCGCUUUUGAAGCUUCUGACCUUGAAAGGGACUCGUUGGAAGCAGGGUCAGCAGCCAAGGUUGUUGAUUGCAUUUUGGCUCUUAAAUCUUAUCACGAGUGUAAGCAGCAAAGUAGCGUGGCCGCGAAUGGAAUUCAUAGAUAUGUAAAAUCUCCUUUAGUUAUGACUUCUGUCAAUAGGAUGCAAUCGAAAGCUUCAGCUGCAAUCUCAGCAGAUUCUUGUAGACGAUUGGAUAUGUCAACCACAUGUGAAAGACAGCCACCAAUUGAGGGUGACAGUAAAAAACUUGAAGAGGCCUUGGUCGAUUCAAUCGUCAAGCUAUUUGAAGAGUCAAUGGAUGGCACAAAGGAAAACAUUGAUGAAAACUUGUUUGCUUCCUUUCAUAAUGGAGAGGAUCGUCUCAAGCUAAUCAGAAAAAUUAUGUCAGGUUAUUUGGGUGAACAACUCCAGAAGAAGUUGCCAGAGUUUCAUUCAAUGUUAAAAGAUUCGUUGAAAGAACGGAGUAUCGCCAAUCUCAAUUCAACAUCUGAGCCAUUAGGGGAUUUAUCAACACUGCAAAACACUAAGUGCUGCAAAGCUUGUUUGAGAAAGGGCAAUUGUCAUCAUAGAGAAGUAUUUCAAAUGCAAGAAAAAGAACUUGCGGAUCUCAAAACCUUGUUGUUCACAACUAAGGUGGAGUUUGAAGAGCUACAAUUCCAGUUGCAAAGAGAUUUAAAGUACUUAGGCACCGAAGUACAAGAGCUCUCUACAGCUGCUCGCGGAUACCAUAAGGUGGUUAAAGAGAAUAGGGCAUUAUACAACAUGGUCCAGGAUUUGAAAGGCAACAUUCGAGUUUACUGUAGAAUACGGCCCUCCUUCAAUGCUGAAGCAACAAGUGUAAUAGAUUACAUUGGAGAGGAUGGUUCACUAGUGUUGCUAGAUCCAUCAAAACCCGGGAAAGAUGGAAGAAGAGUUUUUAACUUCAACAGGGUAUUUGGCCCCAUUUCAAGCCAAGAUGAGAUUUAUAAGGACACUCAACCACUGAUUAGAUCUGUGAUGGAUGGUUACAAUGUAUGCAUUUUUGCGUACGGUCAAACUGGAUCGGGAAAAACUUAUACCAUGAGUGGUCCCUCAGGUGGCUCAACUACUGAUUUGGGAAUCAAUUAUCUAGCUCUUAAUGACCUCUUUAAGAUCUCUAGCAAGAGAAAAGACCUCAUAAGUUAUGAAAUCUUUGUUCAAAUGGUUGAAAUAUAUAACGAGCAAGUUCGAGACCUUCUUGCUGAAGAUUCAUCAACCACUAAAUUAGAGAUUCGUAGUUGCACAACUGAUAAUGGCUUAAGUCUUCCGGAUGCUACAAUGUGCUCUGUUAAGUCUACUGCUGAUGUUUACAACUUCAUCAAGAUUGGUGAGGUUAAUCGGUGUGUCAGCUCCACUGCAAUGAACACCCAAAGUAGCCGUUCACACAGUGUCCUCACGGUUCAUGUGCAUGGAAAAGACACGUCUGGAGGUAAUAUCCGCAGUUGCCUUCAUUUGGUAGACCUUGCAGGAAGUGAACGAGUGGACAAAUCGGAAGUUACAGGGGAUAGGCUAAAGGAGGCACAGUGUAUAAACAAGUCUCUUUCUUGUUUGGGAGAUGUAAUUACAGCCUUGGCUCAGAAGAAUUCUCAUAUCCCUUAUAGAAACAGCAAACUCACCCUGCUACUGCAAGACUCCUUAGGUGGACACGCGAAAACAUUAAUGUUUGCCCAUGUCAGUCCAGAAGAAGAUUCUUUUAGCGAAACAGUUAGUACUUUGAAGUUUGCUCAGAGAGCUUCGACUGUUGAACUUGGUGCUGCUCGCUCGAACAAAGAAAGCAGUGAAGUUAUUCAACUUAAACAACAGGUUGAAACUCUUAAGAAGGCAUUGGCAAACAAAGAAGGACAGAGUAAUUUACAGCUAAACAGAACAUGUGAGAAACCGAGACCAAUGAUGGAGAAAACACCACCACGUCCGAGGAGAUUGAGCAUUGAGAAUGGCGUCCAAUCAAAGAAUGAAAUGAGCAUUGAAAGCAGGAAGGGAUUUAGAACCCCAUCUGUACCAAACCGGUUGAGAAGAUCAAGCUUGGAAGGUCCAAAAUCUUUCAAGAAGGAUGCUCUAGAGACAAUUGUGGCAGAUGCUAGUUUCCAUCAAGAUUCUGAAGCUUCCAUGAAAUCAUUUGGAAAUUUCAUCAACGAAAGUUCCAUGGUAGAAGUAAGUCGUCCUAAGGAUCCUCGGAGUCCAACCAAAGUAGAAUCAAUUCGUCCAAAGGAUCCUCGAAGUCCAACAAGUGUUACCUAUCAGAAGAGAUUGAAAACAGACAGUAGAACACAGAUUCCUUCCCUUCAACCGCCAAAAACACCCGAAUCACAAACACGCUCCAAAAUUGAGUUCCAAAACAUGAUGCAAAAUGAGCUUACAUUUUCGUUAGACUACCAGACACCCAACUUGGUUGCUAGCACAAAUGGAAAAGGAUCCCAGAUACGAAAAUCUUUGAGGACAACGAUCGGAAAACUGAUUAAUGGCUCUGAUAAAAGGAGCCAACAUGUUCUGAUGGAAGCUCAACUAAACACCAAAGUUUCAAGCAAUUUCAAUGAUGGGAAAUCUCAUGCUACAACAACUAAUGGGAAAACUUUGAGGAGGCAAUCACUUACCGGUGUUCUAAACUCGGGGAAUCGAAGAUCUUCUCUUGGAGAAAAUACAGCUGACAAUAAUAAUAAUGCAAAGGACAAUAGAAAUGCCAAGACACCUCCUCCGGUUCGCCAAUCAAACAAGUAUUCUAAAAGGUGGGUUUAAAUCUACUGAGAGAAUAAGAAAUAACAAUGGUGGAAAUGGGGUGGUGCUUCAACUCGAAAUGAAGCAAAGUCUCUUUGCUGAAAACUAGAGUUAAGGUCUUAGAACAAAGGCUUAAGAAGAAGAGUUCACUAACUGAUUUAACGGUAGUUCUUCUCUUUGUAAUUAAUUACGACAUUUUAUUUUGAACAUUGAAUUCGUAGUAAUAAAAAAAAUUGAGGCUCAUUUUUUUUUUGUAGUUACACUACUAAGUCUUCUUUAUUAUAUUAUAGAGUUUAAAGUAAAACCCUUCUAAA